UAUCCCCAUAGCCAUCUCCUCUAUACCAUACUGUAAACAAUCUUUGAUCAUCUCUCUGUUGUUAUCAAUUUUUUAGCAUCUUUAUCAUCAUCCCCACCAGAUAUGGCAGAAGAGAAGCACCACAAUAUCUUCCACCACCACAAGGAGGGUGAGGAAGACCACAAGAAGGAGGAGAAACACCACAAGCAUCUUGAGCACCUUGGUGAGCUAGGUGCUGCUGCUGCUGGGACUUAUGCCUUGCAUGAGAAGCAUGAGGCAAAGAAAGACCCAGAGCAUGCACACAGGCACAAGAUACAAGAGGAGGCAGCAGCAGCUGCUGCAGUUGGAGCUGGAGGAUUUGUCUUCCAUGAGCAUCAUGAGAAGAAAGAAGCCAAGAACGAGGAUGAGGAAGCUCAUGGAAAGAAGCACCACCAUCUCUUCUAAAAUCCUACUUAUUAUUAGUUAUGGCUUCAAUGUGUUAUCUUGAUCAGUAAUUAUUACAGUCCAGUGAGUAGCUAUGUUUCCUAAAUAAUUGGAGUAACAUCUGGUGAAAUGUUUCCCUCUGCCUGUCCUUAAUUCUUGUAACAAGUGAUCGUGUUGUAUUGGGUCUCUUUGUACUGUAUCUAUAUACUAAUAUCUAAAUGUUAUAUUA